UGUCAACAUUUCUGUUCAACAUUUAAAUUCUUAUAAGAAGUUUUAUGUUUCGCAGAAGUGAUGUGCAUAGUGAACGUGCGGCUUUAACAUAAAUAUUGCUUUGAAACAAGUAAAUUCAAUUGUAACUCUCCAGGUUUUUUGAAUCACAAAAUUAAAUCAAGCAUUGAUUUUUACGCAAUCUCAAACAACACAGGCAAACACAGUGGGUCAUCAGGAUUAAACCUCUGGCCAAAAAUGCGACACGCAAAUUUCAUCGCGAGAACCGUUCUGGUUCAGAACAACAACAUCGAGGAAGCCUGCCGGGUCCUGAAUCGAAUCCUGGGCAAGGAGGAAAUCUUCGAUCAGUUCCGACGCACACGGUUCUACGAGAAGCCGUACCAAACGCGGCGGCGUGUGAAUUUUGAACGCUGCAAAGCCAUCUAUAAUGAGGAUAUGAACCGGAAGAUUCAGUUUGUACUGCGCAAGAAUCGGGUUGAUCCGUUUCCCGGGUGUCAGUAAAGUUAUUUGUUAAUUAUAAUAUGUAGAAGUUUAUAACUGUUAA